AGGGGCCCGAGCGGCGGCUGCGGAGCCGGAGCCGAGCAGGGCGAGGGCGUCUGCGGUCCCGGCGGCGGCGGUGGCGGCGGCGGCAGCAGCAGCGGGAGAAGAUGGUGGCGCUGGAGGUAGGAGCGACUGGAGCGGAGCUUUAUUCCCAGGCUCCGCACCAGCGCUGUCAUUAGCGCCUCCUGCUUCCGCGGGCCCGCGGACCCAGCUGUCAGGCAAGGUGUAUAUUCAUGUCUGCAACCCAGCACUUCCAUAUGGCUUAGCCCCUUGCAGCAAAAUGAGAGCACAGUGAGCAGGCCCAGCCUCUCUCCCAGCCAUCCCCGACGCCCACCAUGAACCACUUGGAGGGCUCCGCGGAGGUGGAGGUGACCGACGAGGCGGCAGGAGGGGAGGUCAACGAGUCAGUGGAGGCCGACCUGGAGCACCCUGAAGUGGAGGAGGAGCAGCAGCCGCCGCCACAGCAGCAGCAGCACUAUGCGGGCCGUCACCCGCGCGGGCGUGUGGUCGAGGACCUCCGCGCACAGCUUGGACAGCAGGAGGAGGAGGAGCGCGGUGAGUGCCUGGCGCGCUCCGCCAGCACUGAGAGUGGCUUCCACAAUCACACCGACACUGCCGAGGGCGAUGUGAUCGCUGCGGCCCGCGACGGCUACGAUGCGGAGCGCGCGCAAGACCCCGAGGAUGAGAGCGCGUACGCUGUGCAGUACCGGCCCGAGGCGGAGGAGUACACGGAGCAGGCGGAGGCCGAGCACGCCGAGGCCACGCACCGCCGCGCGCUGCCCAACCACCUGCACUUUCACUCGCUGGAGCACGAGGAGGCCAUGAACGCGGCCUACUCAGGCUACGUCUACACGCACCGGCUCUUCCACCGCGGCGAGGACGAGCCGUACGCCGAGCCCUACGCCGACUACGGCGGUCUGCAGGAGCACGUGUACGAGGAGAUCGGGGACGCGCCUGAACUGGACGCGCGCGACGGCCUGCGGCUCUAUGAGCAGGAGCGCGAUGAAGCUGCCGCGUACCGCCAGGAGGCCCUGGGCGCGCGGCUGCAUCAUUACGAUGAGCGCUCCGACGGUGAGUCCGACAGCCCUGAGAAGGAGGCUGAGUUCGCGCCCUACCCGCGCAUGGACAGUUACGAGCAGGAGGAGGACAUCGAUCAGAUCGUGGCCGAGGUCAAGCAGAGCAUGAGCUCGCAGAGCCUUGACAAGGCGUCUGAGGACAUGCCCGAGGCCGAGCAGGACCUGGAGCGCGCCCCUACUCCCGGUGGGGGCCGUCCCGACAGCCCUGGGCUGCAGGCACCAGUCGGGCAGCAGCGGGCAGCGGGCACCGGGGGCAGCGGCGAGGCGGGACAGCGGUACAGCAAGGAGAAGAGGGAUGCCAUCUCUCUGGCCAUCAAGGACAUCAAGGAGGCCAUCGAGGAGGUGAAAACCAGGACCAUCCGUUCGCCUUACACCCCUGACGAACCCAAAGAGCCCAUCUGGGUGAUGCGCCAGGACAUUAGCCCCACCAGGGACUGUGACGACCAGAGGCCAGUGGAUGGAGAUUCUCCAUCUCCUGGCAGUUCCUCACCCCUGGGUGCAGAGUCAUCGAGUACACCCCUUCAUCCCAGUGACCCCGCGGAAGCCUCCACGAAUAAAGAGUCAAGAAAAAGCUUGGCUUCAUUCCCAACCUACGUUGAAGUUCCUGGACCUUGUGACCCUGAAGACUUGAUCGAUGGAAUCAUUUUUGCUGCCAAUUACCUUGGCUCUACUCAGCUGCUCUCAGACAAAACUCCCUCCAAAAAUGUACGCAUGAUGCAGGCCCAGGAAGCAGUUAGCAGGAUCAAGAUGGCCCAGAAAUUAGCCAAAAGCAGGAAGAAGGCUCCUGAAGGCGAAUCUCAGCCAAUGACUGAGGUGGACCUCUUCAUUUCUACCCAGAGAAUCAAAGUACUGAAUGCUGACACACAGGAGACAAUGAUGGACCACCCUCUGAGGACCAUUUCCUACAUCGCAGACAUUGGGAACAUUGUUGUGCUGAUGGCCCGUCGGAGGAUGCCCCGCUCCAACUCCCAGGAGAAUGUGGAGGCCUCCCACCCAUCACAGGAUGGGAAAAGACAGUACAAGAUGAUCUGCCAUGUCUUUGAGUCUGAAGACGCCCAGCUGAUCGCACAGUCCAUAGGGCAGGCAUUCAGUGUGGCAUACCAGGAAUUCCUCAGGGCCAACGGGAUUAACCCCGAAGACCUCAGCCAGAAGGAGUACAGUGACCUGCUCAACACCCAGGACAUGUACAACGACGACCUGAUCCACUUCUCCAAGUCAGAAAACUGCAAAGAUGUUUUCAUAGAGAAGCAGAAAGGAGAAAUCCUAGGGGUUGUGAUUGUGGAGUCUGGCUGGGGAUCCAUCCUACCAACCGUGAUCAUAGCCAACAUGAUGCAUGGUGGCCCCGCGGAGAAGUCGGGGAAGCUGAACAUCGGGGACCAGAUUAUGUCCAUUAAUGGCACCAGCCUGGUGGGCCUGCCUCUCUCCACCUGCCAGAGCAUUAUUAAGGGCUUAAAGAAUCAGUCCCGCGUCAAGCUGAAUAUCGUGAGGUGUCCUCCAGUGACCACGGUACUAAUCAGAAGACCGGACCUUCGCUACCAGCUGGGUUUCAGUGUCCAAAAUGGAAUUAUCUGCAGCCUCAUGCGAGGGGGAAUAGCUGAGAGGGGAGGCGUCCGCGUGGGACAUCGGAUCAUUGAAAUCAACGGACAGAGCGUUGUGGCCACCCCCCAUGAGAAGAUAGUCCACAUCCUCUCCAAUGCUGUUGGGGAGAUCCACAUGAAGACCAUGCCAGCUGCCAUGUACAGACUGCUGACGGCCCAGGAGCAGCCCGUUUACAUCUGAGCGCCUGGCUCGCCCUCGUGGAGGCUUGCAUGGAGGACUCUCCUCAUCGUGGUUGUGUUUCUGUGCUGCAUCCGUGUGUCCGCUGAGACAUUUUCCUCUCGCGCCCAGCAUUCGGUCUUAACGCAGGAAGAGAAGAAUCCGCAAGGACCUCUUUGCUCUCUGUCUCUCUCCAGUUUGCUUUUUUUUUCCCCCCCUUAAAAAUCAGGAAAGUUUUGUAUGUGCUCCCUCGAGGAUGGAGAACAGCCAGCAUCCAUCAGGGAUAUGCCCAGGGCCAUCCUGUAGGGCCUUCAGGGGCCCCAAGGUGGCUGUCACUGCCCAAGGGGGAUCAUCCAACCCCAAAAGGCACAGACCUCUUAGAAGGAACUCCCAGGGGCAGUGCAGAUGCUCCCUGAGCAGUGCCUAAAACUCAGUUGCUGAUCUCUGCUCUCUUCCGAUCUCUUGACAGGGAUGUGGUAGUAACAGGGACCAGCCCACGUCAAAGAUACGCACUGCUCACCUGAGGUUGGGGCCCCAUACGUUAUCUCCAUCCAGAAUCUCUGAGCCAACCUGCAACCUCUUUCAUAGGUCGUUUUAGUUUCUACAUAUAUGUGUGGUCUAACACAGGCCUCCUCACAUAAGGAUAAAAGGGGAAGUGACAGCCUUGGACAGGCUGCCAUAGCAUUGCAGAGAGAGUGGCAAUUCACCAGGCAGCUGAAGCUCUGCCAGUGGCCCUGAGGUCACUGGUCAGUAGAUAAUGCAGGCGGGUGCUAUCUGCCUCUCCAUAUAUUACACACACACACUCACGGUAUAUCAUGUGCAUAUUGCCCUCCCCUGCUCCCCACCACCAGGGAGGCAAGCUAAAAAUCUGGUGCACACAGCCCCCAGAAAACACACAGCCCCUUUCUGGGAGACCCCGGCCCCUGGCAGGGGGUUAGGCAUGCAGGAUCCAAUCAGCCUUGAGAGAUGCCGUCUCUGACUGAGGCCUGGCUAUCCCCACACCACCUGGACUCAGAGUCUUCUUAGACUCUCCACCCCUGUACACACAUGGGGGUUGAGGCUGGGAAGAAGGUACUGUUGCCCUGGAAGAGGGUGAUGUCAUAUUUCUGGGCCCCAGGUGAGUCCAACCUUCUGGUCUGUCAGGACCACCAGGUGGGACCUGGUGUCUGAAAGGCCAGAAUAGCCCAUAAACCAUAAAAUUAGGGGGUCAAUAAUGACCUCAAAUGCCUAAGAAUCCCCAAAGGUGUUCUAGUAACAUCCUGCUGCCUGGUGGGUCCGAGGGAGCUUUUAGCUGGUGUGAAAUGUUGCGUUUCCACCAGGUGCCCCACACUUCUGGAUUCUGUCUCAGUUCAGUGUGGAUGUUUUAGUAACAUUAUUCUGAGCCAUUUUUCACUUAUUCUUGGUCCAAAGAGCUUUUUUUUUUUUUUUUU